AAAUCUGGGAAGUUUGCAAGCCCCCCUCCCCCCGCCGCCCCAAAGCUUAUGGCGGCCUUUCCAUGUCGGACCAGGAGAGUGGUAAUAGACCUUCUUACUAAAUUAAAUGUGCAGGCUGCUCCUCAAGGCACGGCGCGGUUCAACCGUAGUGUUUGAUUUCCCAGCCACAGCAGUAUGGUGCCUCCAGGGAAAAAGCCAGCUGGGGAAACUUCCAAUUCCAAUAAAAAGUGUAAACGCUAUUUCAAUGAGCACUGGAAGGAAGAAUUUACCUGGCUGGAGUUUGACUAUGAGAGGAAACUCAUGUUUUGCAUAGAGUGUCGGCAGGCGCUGGUGAAGAACAAGCACGGUAAAGCGGAGAACGCCUUUACCGUGGGCACGGACAACUUCCAGCGCCACGCGCUGCUGCGGCACGUCACCUCCGGCGCGCACCGCCAGGCGCUGGCCGUGAACCGCGAGCAGCUGGCCUUCGAGACCCGGGUCCACGGCCACCCCGAACUGCGCUCGGUCGUCAAGGUGGAGGUGAACCCGGCGAAGGUGGCUGUCCUCACCACCGUCUACUGGAUGGCCAAGGAGGAGAUCCCGGAUGAGAAGUGCUCCUCCCUGCUCAACUUCCAGAAGUUCAACCUGUGCCAGGCGCUGCUGGCCUCGGAGCACAGCGAGCACUACCACCCCGGCAGCGUCAGGGAGAUGCAGGCAGCCAUCGCCAAAGUCCUGCACAACGAGGACAGGCACAGGAUCAAAGCCUCGCCGUUUGUGGGGUUGGUGGUGGAUGAGACAGUGGAUGUCCUGGAGCACCGCAGCCUCGCCAUGUUCACCACGACUGUCUCCCCCUGCAACGGGCAGACCUCCACCGCCUUCUUGGGCAGCUUUGAGCUGCCCGCCGGGGAGGCCUCCACCGUGGCGGGCAAGGUGGGUGAGGUGAUGCGCUCCUUCGGCAUCCCCACCGUGAAGCUCGCCUGGCUCAGUGCCGACAGCACCUCGCUGGUGGCCGAGCGGCUGAAUGGGGUGGGGACCGCGCUAACCUCGCUCUGCCCGCUCCUCACCGAGAUGCACUGCCUGUCCCACGGCAGCUCCCUGCUGCCGGCUGAGACCAUCGGCACCACUGAGUACCUCCAGAAGUACGAGACCACUGUGGAUGCUGUGUACAGGCUCUACUCCAGCUUCCGGGGGAAAAGCGAUGGCCUGCGGGAGCUGCGGAGCGUUCUGGACCUUUGUGAGAUAGACCUCGGGAGCCCCAAAGCCAUCCACUGGACUUCUAUCUUCCCAGCUGUGGAAGCCGUUGACUCCUCGUGGCCCACACUGGUGCUGCUGCUGGAGAGCGAGGCAGAGCACUCGCCUGUGGCCCGUGGCCUCUGCGAAGAGCUCAAGAAGUUCCAGUUUGUGGCCUUCACCAAGAUCCUCCUGGACGUCCUCCCCAUCUUCCAGAAGCUCAGUCGCUUCUUCCAGAUCGAGGACUUUGACCUUUCCAUCCUGAAGCCCAUCGUCUCGGCCACGGCCGCCACGCUGCAGGCCCAGCAGAGCACCAGCGGCCAGAACCUCCAGGAGUUCCUCAGCGAGAUGAACGAGCACCCGCAGGACGGCCAGGAGGGUGAGAGCCGCCUCUACUACAAGGGUAUCGAGCUGGCCAACUGCUCCCAGGUCCACCUGAAGCACUUUGAGCACUUGAAGGAGACCUACCUGGAGAGUGUGCGGGGCAACCUGCUGGACAGGUUCCCCACCAGCGUUCUGGAGGCCAUCAGCUCCUUCUCAGCCAUUUUCAACCCCAAGUGCUAUCCCCAGUCUCUGGAGGACAUUGGCAGCUAUGGAGUCAGCGAGCUGAAUUUCCUGCUGCAGGCGUACUCGCGGGUGGUGGUGAGUGAGAGGGCCCUGAGCGACUUUCCCCUCUUCAAGCGCAUCGUCUUCAGCCUCAGCCAGCUCUCCUUCAAGGACCUCUGUGUCAAGCUGGUCUACAGCAGCUCUGAGAUGCACGAGCUCUUCCCAGACUUCGCUGUCCUGGCGGCCAUCGCCCUGGCCUUGCCCUUGGGCUCGGUCCUCGCCGAGAAGAUCAGCCGGGGCCGGGAGCUGCUGAAGCGCAGCCGGUCGCGCCGGACAAAGGACGAGGGGCUCUCUGACCUCAUGAAGAUCGCCAUCGACGGGCCGGCCAUCAGUGAGUUUGACUUUGCGUUGGCCAUCGAGUACUACGAAAGCAUGAGGGAGUCUGGGUUCAUCAUGACGCAGGUGAAGUGAGUGUGGCCAGUGAGGGCUGAGCCCUCGGGCAGGAGCCGGGGCCUGCAGGCAGCGCCCAGCACCAGCUCAAUGCUGCCUUUCCACGUCGCUGGUCACUGUGGGGCUGGGCGGCCGCGGUGGAUGGUGACCUGCUCCGUGCUGGGAAGAGGAAACAGGAUCCUUCACAAAGCCACGCUGGUCCUAUGACCACCCCUCCCUCAUCCACCAAGCAUCUGGCUGAAUUGCCCAGAAUUCAAAAGCCUGGGGCCACCUAAGGUCCCAAAUUGCAAUGAUUUUUCUCCAAGGGUUUGUCAUAAUUUUGUUUUAGGGAUAGGAAGGCAAAUCUUCUCUUGAGCUCAAAUGUCAUAUUGCCUUUGCACAAAGAUACCCAGCAGCUUCUGCUUAAUACUCUGCAAAAAUAAUAGAUUUCUGUUGUUCUGGAGCCUCGAGAGCAAAUGCAGAAAAGGCAGAACAUCCUCCCAGCCCAGAGUCAACCCCGACAUGCCUGGCGGUGUCGUGUUGGUGUUCCUUGUGCACAGCACAGAGUAUUUUUAGCAGUGGCAUCAAGUCAUGAUCAUUUCAAGAGCAAGAGAUUUAGGGAAUGAUAUUGUAAUGGCCAAGGAAAUAUAACUUUAAAUGCGUCAUUGUGUACAUAUGUGUAUGUGUGUAUAUAUAUAUAUAAAUAUAUAUAUAUAAAUAUAUGUAUUAAAAAGGUCUAACUUAAUUUUCCUAGUGCUUAAAGUUUAAAGAUAUAUAAAGGGACUUUUUUUGCAAGGACAGAAUAAAUUAUGAUCGCCG